UUAACGUUGUCUCGGGCAAAUUGACGUUUAUCAUAAGUGGAGUGUGAGGUUUCGGUGCCCCUGGCAUUAAAGGGAGUCCUAAGACCCUGAGUUUCAGUGAAGAAUACCAUAGAAAUGGCUCCUGAAUGAAGGAGCUGAUCUUUUGUUUAGGGGGGAAUCAGCUGUGUGAUGACCCGUCGAAGGACUGUGACCUGGUGCCUGUGACCCUGAAGAUUAUUCGUCCUUUCCUCUCAAACACUUUCCCCUACCUGGGGAGCUCCUGAAGGAAGAGGAGUCGUUAACAUUAAGAAACUGGCUGGAGAUUUUCGAGAGGCCUUAGUUUUCGGAAGGGGUUAAUGUUCGAGUUCAGUUUCUCUGAGGGAGUUCCUUAGGAAUUUCGUGAGUUUUUAAGCUCGAAAAUAUGAGUAGUUUUUGUUACAAUAUCUACUCCAGGCGACUGCAGGAUAAAGCGUCUGUUUGGCGGGAGACUGUUAAGAUAAGAGUGUUGUGGCGUAGUGAAUACAGAUUUUUGGCCUAGGGUGUUUUCAUGCACUGUGGCCACCACUAAUAAUUGUCCCCUCUGCUCCUCCUCUUCUUCCUUGUCCUCCUCCUCCUCCUCCUCUUCCUCGGUGUUGUCCCAUUUGUGCACCCUCACUCCUUUGGUGUCAUCGUCUCUUCCGUCCACCCCUUCUUCAUCUACCUCUUCCACUUCUCUCUCCUUCUCUUCACUUUCCUCCCCCUCCACAACCUGGGCCCCUCCACGCUGCACCAUCACAGCCCAACAAAUGUUUGAUUGGGAGGAAGGGGACCGAUUCUCCUUCGAGGACUCGGAGCGUUUCGAAGAAGAUUCAUUAUGUAGCUGGAUAAGUGAACCGGAAAGUUUGGUUAACAAUUGGAGGGGGUGGAAACGUUCAGAGAAAAUUGCCUCGCUCCUCUAUGGCCGGACAAGAGAUCAAGAUGGCAGGGUACAUUCUCUCACUGAGAUGUGCGCCCGCACAGUGGCAGCACAUAUUCCCUUCGAAGUUGUCGAACAGAUGAUGCCUCCUGUCCCAGAGCAGCUUCAGCUUCACAUUGCCUUCUGGAGUUUCCCGGAAAAUGAAGAAGAUAUCCGUUUGUACAGCUGCCUUGCAAAUGGCAAUGCAGAGGAAUUCAUCAGAGGUGAAAACUUAUACAAACAUAAGAGUGUCCACGAUCCCCUUCAGAUAGGAUUCCAUUUGAGUGCAACAGUAGUAGUGUCCACUUCGGGCACAAAAGGACAGUUCAAUGUUGCUGUUACAUUUGACCGUGGAAGAAUUACUACUUGUAAUUGUACCUGUUCUGCAAAUGCAUCAUGGUGUUCACAUGUUGUGGCUGUCUGUCUCCACCGAAUUCAUCAGCCAAGCCAAGUCAAACUUCGUGCCCCAGUCAGUGAGUCUCUGUCACGCCUCCAGAGGGACCAACUACAAAAAUUUGCCCAGUACUUGAUAUCAGAGCUGCCACAGCAGAUCUUGCCAACUGCUCAAAGACUGAUAGAUGAAAUCCUUAAUAACCAAACGUCCGAUAUCAACACGGUGUCUGGUGCACCAGACCCAACUGCUGGUGGUUCAGCUAAUGAGCAGAUGGCAUGGUGGUUAGACGAAAACAAUCUACAUGAGAACAUACACAAGAUCUUAGUCAAGUUUUGCGUACCAUCCCCCAUAGUUUUCAGUGAUGUCAACUACCUGAGUUCCACAGCCCCUCCUGUUGCUGCAGAAUGGGCUUCUUUGCUCAGGCCAUUAAGGGGCCGCGAACCUGAAGGAAUGUGGAAUCUUUUGUCCAUAGUUCGCGAAAUGUUCAGGCGCAAUGACCGUAAUGCCAUACCUCUCCUUGAAAUCAUAACAGAGGAAUGUUUGGCCACAGAAAAGAUUCUGGUGUGGUGGGUGAAUACCAAAGUGGCAUUACAUAUGGGAAGCUCCGGACAUGGUGGGAAGAAUAAUAUGAAUUCCAAUAGCCAUGGCAGCCAGUACGCUUGCUCAUCUCUCUGUGAUGAGAUUGUUAUCCUGUGGCGUUUGGCAGCACUCAACCCAGCUCUGUCCCCAAAGGAACGCGAUCAGCUAAUGGUGCAGUUUAAAGGCUGGCAUUUGAAGAUUCUUGAGAAAGUAGCAAAAAGUAAAGAAGCAGCAAGUGGAGGCACCACUGGGAGUAACAAAAGAGGCACUGAUAGUGAUGUAUUCCCUGGAUUUAAACCGUCUAUAGAAGCUUGUUUUUUAGAUUGGAGUGACUAUCCGCUACCAGGGGUCACAUACUCUCAAACUACUUCACGUUACUAUUGCCCCGUGAUGUGCUUUAGACAUGACUCUCGCCAUGAAUCUCAAGCAGCUCCCAUCUCUGCUCCACACCCCAGAAAUCCCACCUCACAUGCAGGACCAAAACGCUCGGCUGAACGUCGUUUGCUUAUCAGUCCUGGAAACGUGGCUGACCAUGAUAAUUUAGCUGCUAGUGGUGUUUUACCUGGUCCCAGAUACAGUGGCCAUAGAAGUAGUAGUGUUAGUAGUGAAGGAUUUUGUGACAAUGACCUUGGUAGAGAUAGUGAUUCUCCUCCAGACCAGAGGUCCCCUGAGCAAGUGGAUUCUGGUCAAGUUUCCCGUCAGAGCUCAAGAGAAGAGCGGCCCAUGCCAACCCUUGGUCUUGUAGCAGCCCUUGGCCAGUCAAGAGAUGACCGUGACAAGUCUUCCCCCGAUGAAGGCGGUGCUGACUCAGAUUGGUCAGGUAUAGCUGAUCCGCCCAGAAAUCUUAGAAGUCGAGGAGGUAGCCGAGGCCAGCGGCCUAGAGAGCAACGUGGGGUUGAUGAUUCUGAUAUGUAUCUUAAUAAUUCCAAUGCUGUUGGGGACGCAGUUAGUGUAGGGGAGGGUGGUAGUGAUGAAAGAGGAUCCGAGAUAUUUAGUAAUCUGAAGAAAUUGGAAGAUCCUUUAGAAAUCUUAUUUGCUCGUGCUGAGGGACUCCAUGCUCAUGGACAUUUACAAGAGGCCUCAGGACUUGCAGUACAACUAGCGCGCGAAUUGCUAAUGAACCCUCCAAAUCUUAUGGUGGAGUUACCCCCACCACCCAGCAAAGGGAAGCGCAAAAAGGUCAAUCCUGCAUGUCAUCAGCUGACAUGCUUAGCCUCUGCUACCCUGGGAAAAUGUGCCUUUCUCUGCACUGUGUUGGCAGAAAACCCUGAUAAUACCCAUCUAGCAUUCCAGGUAGCCAUGUUUGGUCUGGAAAUGGCUAGGCCACCAGCUUCUACCAAGCCUUUGGAGGUGAAGUUGGCCAACCAAGAAAGUGAUCUGGUGUCUCUUUUGAAACGGUUACCACUCGGCCCCUUAGAAUUAGCUGUAAUAAGAGAUAAGGCUGAGAAAAUCCGCUCUGGACAAUUAAAGACACGAGGAGAGGCUCUCUUACCCCUUAUGCUGGCCUCCUUUCUCUUUGAUGCUCUAGUCAUUGCUGGAAAUAGUAGAAGCUCUAUAGGAGGCCAGAAUUAUCGUCAGCCACAGGAUGAGGCUCUUGGUUUUGAUGCAUCUGUUGCAGCUAUUGGUAUGAAAGCUAAUGUUUCAGAGGCUGAUCAUCCUCUUCUUUGUGAAGCUACUAGAAGACAGAGAGGGGAACUGGCAUUGACCCUCCUCACCCACUACAAGGAUGAUCAAGACCGAUUGGCACGUAUUAUGGACAAGCUUUUAGAUAAAGAAGUGCAUCAGAUGUACAAAGCUCCAUCCUUGCCAACAUAUUAUGUCAACAAUGCUCCUAGUCAGCCAGCUACCAGUAGUAGUAUAGAGACUGCUGAAACUGUUGGGGCCAUGAGAGUAGCAGAUUCUCCAGCAGCUAGUGGAUGUGUAGCAGCUGUUAUGCCAUCAACAUCCUUGGCAGGGAUAUCUCUGAGUGUGCAACCAACUCCUUCAUCUGGUAGCCAAGCUACAUCUCCAUUGCAGCCACAACAGUCUUCAAUACAGUCCCUCCAGAGACAGAAUCUUACAGGAACCAUAGCGUCUGACAUUGAAGGUACUGUAAGUCGCUUGAGCCUGUCUCCUUCACAACCUGUUGGUGGUGCAAGAUCCAAGGGAGGUGCUUCUUCAUCAAGGUUUUUGGAAGGAGAAGAGGGUGAAAGUCCCAGCUGGGAAGAUGACUAUAAGGCAUGGGAGGAGAAGUGUGCGGCUGCAGGCAAAAGCAGAAAAAAGCGAAUGCCAAACCGUUCACACCAGACUACCUCAGCAGUUGUAGAAGGUCUCUACCAUACCCGUGACAACCUUAUAGCUUGGAUAAAAUCAGCAGGACCUGGCUCAGAUUCUGGUUCUUCUGGCAAUUCUUCCGAUAGUGUAGGAUCUUCCUCGAGUGGUGAUAAGAUAUGUAGUCUAGAGACAAAUAAACCAGUUGAGUCUCCUCCUCUUGGCUUCCCCUUAAUUCAACCAGUAUCUCAACCUACUCCUGAAAGUACAACUGCUCAACCAAGACCCCAGCCAGCAUAUGGAAAAGGCGUACGCUUCAAGGGCAAAAGAGCAUAUCCAACAGUACCUAAUCAGCCCUCAGAAGCUAGUGCAUAUUUCAUGUUUGAAUUGGCAAAAACAGUUUUGAACAGAGCUGGUGGUAAUAGCAGUACAUCUUUAUUCACCCAGCCAAGCAGUUCUCAAAACCAUCGUGGUCCUCAUCGGCCACUUCACAUGUGUGCUUUCCAAAUUGGGUUAUAUGCACUUGGCUUGCAUAAUUGUGUUAGCCCAAACUGGCUGUCAAGAACAUAUUCAUCACACGUCUCUUGGAUAACAAGCCAAGCAGUAGAGAUUGGAUCCUCUGCUGUAUCAUUUUUGAUAGAUACAUGGGAAGGUCAUCUAACACCUCAGGAAGCUGCCUCCAUUGCAGAUCGCGCCUCUAGAGGCCGAGAUGCAAAGACAAUACGAUCUGCAGCAAAGUUAGCCUUAUCAUGUUUACCACAUGCACAUGCACUUAAUCCCAAUGAAAUACAGAGGGCAAUAAUUCAGUGUAAAGAGCAGAGUGAUUCCAUGCUUGAAAAUGCUUGCCUAGCAGUUGAAGGAGCAGCUAAAGGAGGUGGAGUGUAUCCUGAAGUUCUCUUUUCUGUUGCACGACGUUGGUAUGAACUUUAUGAAGCCAGAACCCGUCAUCAAGCUCGCCAUCAGGCAAGAAUUGGUGGUAACCAACACACAGCUGAACCUCCAUUUGUUGAUCCAGGUGUAUCACAUGACCUGCCCCUCUUGCCACCUCCACCGUUAAAUCCCCCAACACCACCACAGCAGCAGCAACCCCAGCAGCAGCAGCCACAACAGCAGCAGCAGCCUUCUAUUCCAGCAUUAGAACAACCCGCCCAACCAAGUUUACAUCCUCCUGUCUCUGUUGCUACAAACAGUAACGGGAAUGCAGGCACAUUAACAGGAGUGGCAGGCUACCAAGUGGCUGCAACAGCACCAUCAGUGCCCUAUGGACUACCUGGCAUUCCAUACCCUCUGGGUUACAAUUACAUACAAGGUCUCACAACAAGUGUAUCUUGCAUAAAUCCACAAAUGCCAAUGCAGAUGUAUAUACAGCCACCAGGAGUUCCAUUUAAUGGAACUCCAGGGGUAUCACAACCCCUGCUCCCACCACCACCCCUCCAGUACUACCCUCCUGUCUCUAUACCUUCCACGCUGCAACAGGGUGCCUUGCAAGGAGCUGCAGGUCUUAGUGCAGGUGUAGCAAACAAUGGUCAGAAUUUAGGGCCCCAGUUACCUGCCUUAGCUGCAGGUCCUCCACCCUUGUCGCAGCAACCUCCCCUUCUGCAGGCCAAUACCCCACCUCCACAAGGCUUCUACUCCUUGCCAUAUUCUGCAGCUGUAGGCAGUGGAGGAGUUUCAACAGCUGGCUUUAUUGGCACCCCUCAGCCUGCUGCCCUCUUAUCAUGGGUCAGAGCUCAAGGUCCUCAUAUUGUCCAGCCUUCCCCUCAGUUACCCCCACGGCCUGCCUCACAACCUCAGCAGCAGGUUGGUAGCCUGGUUGGUGGACAGCAGGUGAACAACACAGCUUCUAUGCAUUAUUUGCUGAGCAGUUACCGUGUUGGUAUGUUGGCUCUAGAAACCUUAGCAAGGCGUGUCCAUGAUGAUAGGCCUCAAGCAAAAUAUGCUAGAAAUCCUCCAUAUGGUGAAGAUGUCAAGUGGCUACUUGGGGUAGCUAAGAAACUGGGCCAGCAAUACCUCCAUCAGUUCUGCAUGUGCUCAGUUAACAGUGUGGUUUCUCCAUUUGUUUUGCAAGAUUUAGCUGUGGAGGCAGCUCAGUACUUGGCUCGCCAUUCCCCUGCUCUCUUUCCCCAACAGUUGAGAUCACCAAUCUUGCAGCCACUUGUUCAGAAAUGUCAGCAAAUGUUUUUACAGUGUACCCAUUUGAAAAUGUACUACAUAACUCCAACAGAAUAUGAUGAGUUUAUAUCCAUCAUAUUGGCAGCUCGUUCAGCUUAUCAGAUGACACCAGGUGGUAUGGUACAGUUUAAUGAGCUACUACAGGCUCUUAGAAGAUCAAAGUCUUGCAAGAAAGAACUGUGGACAAGAAUCACAAAUGCUCUACAGCAGUCUCCAGCUGUAUGACCUCAGUCCUCUUUAGGUGACAGCCGUGCAGGAGCAGUGGCAACAAGGCGCAUCACUCUUGCUCCCAUCUAGGUUUGACAGCAUUUUGGUAGUCAUGGUUUUAUUACAAUUGCCCAGCUUCCGUUAGGAAAAGGACCUUAUUACAUCAUAGACUGAAAUCUUCUGUAACAUCAUUGUUACGUUUGGUCUGUCCUCGUUCCAAUCCCCCAUAGGCAAGGUAGUAGUAUUAUAACUGUGGUAUAUGUCAUGAUUGCACAUCUUUCUUGCAAGUGAAGUUGUAAAUAAAUUAUUCAUAAAUACUGUGAUGCUCCAGUGCAUUGUGGUGGAUGUCAGUGAAUUCAUAUGUAUGCAUUUUGUAAAUAAGGAAUUUUUUUAACUGUAACAGAGGAUAAUUUGAUACUUGAAAUUCAUAUCAGAAUGCAUCUAACCCUUGGGAUGAUUUUUUUUAAAUUAAUUUUUUUUCUUCACGCAUCAUCUUACUGCCCUGAAAAAAUGAAGGAAAAUUAUAAGGUGUAAAAGACUUCCUAUUGAUGUUGAAUCCACAUUUUAACCUGCUGGAGCACUUUAAGAAUUGAAAAAGGAUAAAGUUAUUCUAUUGUGCAGAGAUUGCAGGUCCCUUUGACCCCAGAAUCACUAGAUCGUCCAUGUGUAACCAUAAGCCAGUGAUGAAAUAAUAAUCAUUUGUAAGUUUAAAAAAAUAGUGUCUGUCACACCAGAGUUGGAGAAAUGACAGUUGUGUACUAUAGUGUCUUAAAACCGCUUCCUUGAUAUAUGUAUGGAAGGUAACAUUAAAGUCAUGGGUUUAGAAUUAGUCUGUAAGAAGGGAUGAAUGUGUGGAUUCUAAGAAAACAGAUAAGGCAGUCUUUAAAAUCUGCUCAAUGAAUUGCUCUUUAUAUUUGUUUUGGGGGAAGGGAAUGGAAGGGCAAUAUUUUUAAAACAUGAUCAGGGUGAAUAUGUAUAUGUUUUAUUUAUAUAUAUCUUAAAUAUAUAUAAGCACCUUGGAGCGAUACAAAAAUUACUCAGUGGAAUUCCUUGUUCUUGUCCAGAUAAAUGUCAUUAGGUAAUUAGUGUAAAGUCUUUACCAUAUAGGGAUUUUGCAUUCUUCUUGUGGUUCAACUGGAAUUAUAAUUUUUUGACAGAAGAGUGUAGGGAUAUAGCAAAUAUUUCUGUAUUGUCAAAUCUUUUUUGAGCUUGGAAAGAUAUUAGUUUGUAAAACUAUUAUUUGCUUUUAAAGAUUUUAGGCAUGACAUUAAAAUGUCACAUUUGUCUUUGUAAAUACAUUAACUUUGUGUGUGUGUGUCUUCGUCCACUUUUAAUGCCAGCCAGUCAGGGGACAAGUAAUCCUGAUCUCAUUAGAUUGAUAAAGUCAACCCAGCUUGUUUGUUUUGUGUGUUGGAACCGUUUGAUCUUAGUGUGUAGUAGAGUAACGGGUCAUUAUUUCUCUUUGCACGGAGGUGUGUUUAGUUAAACACCUCUGUAAAAAUCUUUUUCUUAUUUAUUUUAAUUUAUUUAUUUAAAUUAUUGUAACAUUACAUUAAAGUGAAGGAAUACGUACUGAGAGGAGCUGUUGGUAGUAGUACAUAUGUGAAAAAGGAGAGAAAGCUGUUUUUAUUGUGAAUACAUACAUUAUAUAGAGCUUAUCUAUAGUGUUCUUCAAGUGGUGUAUAAGUAGUUAUCAAGUAUAGAAGUGGAAUUCUUUUCUUAUUCUAACAAAAUGCAACUUUAUUUAGGAAAACCAAAAGAAAAUAUUGAUCUACAAAACAGUGAAUGUUUUGAAUGUUUUUUCACAAAAAGCAGUAAGCACACACAGAGUAGCUUGCGAUUUGAUGUACUUUUUUCAAGUAAGCAAACUAAUUGUUUCCCCUUCUUGUACCCACUUCCCUUUUUCAUGUGUCAACAUUUUAAAAGUAGGUCAGAAAAGUUUUGUCAUGAUCUCAUUUGAUGUUUUUGAAGUGACUAAGCAUACAACACCCUAGUUGGCCAUUGGGAAGUCUGGAUAUUGUUUUCUUUUAAUUUUUUCUUAGCUUUCCUAUGAAAACCAAGAAGGCUGUGUUUUGGGUUUGUAUAAAAACUAAUUUUGUUGUAAAAACAGUAUUACUGAUUGCAGAUUACUCUCAUUUUAAAGCUGUUCCUUGGUUUGAAUACAAUGUUCACAUAGAUUUUAACUCAUCUGUUCAAGAGUGAAUGAUAUGAUAGUGUUAGUGGGUUUGAAUAAGUUUGAUAAAAUGUGAUCUUGAGAAGAAAAUUUCAUUCUUGCAGUCAGGUUAAGAUUUCAUUAAAGACAAAAAUAAAAAUUAAGUCUACCCCUACACUAUAUUAAAUGAUUGCAUUUGGGAUACCUGUGCAAAACAUUGGCAAUAUACUUGUGUAACCAAAAAGCCUUCAGUUAAUUAAUUCAAUGUUUUACAUACAAGUCACCCACCAAAACAUGCUGUUAAUUGAUUCAGUAGUCCACAUAAUUUGUCUAAAUGCAUAGGGCUAAAAUUAAUUUGGUAUUACUAAUGUAUGUCAAUCAGAAAGCCUGCAGUCUGCCAGUACUUAUUGCAUAAAUCUGUUGAAGGUAUAAAUUACUUGAAAAAAAAAAUGUUUAUUGGGUAUAGUUUAUAAAAGUUCAGAUCUGCAUCAUUUUAGGUGAUGAUUAUUAUUGCUAAAUUCUGUGGGAUUAAGGAGAGCAGAUAUAGCCAUAGCCAUUGUGAAAUGACUAGUCCUUUCAUAAGUGACCUGGUAUUGGUGUAAACAUGAAAAAUUAUGCACUACUAGAACAUUGUAGUUUAUUAAUUGCAAAGUUUUAAAAAAUCAUGGACUUGAUUUUUAAUGUAGAUAUGCAUUCUACAUAGAAUUUAAUAUCAUUGUUACACUGCCGUUUUUGUCAGAAAGUAUAGUAUAUUAAAAAAAAAUUUAAGACAGUUUGGCCCUACUGAUUAGAUGAUUUAACGUAAUGAUAUGGAGAAUUGAACAUAGUGGCAGUGUCUAUAGCUGUUUAAGAUUACUAUAUGGAAUCUCUUCCUUUGUUAUUUCUGAAACUUUUCAAAGUGCGAUUUCCUAGUACAGGAAAGUUAACUUAUCAAAUAGUAUUGAAAUGUUUCUAAUACUGAUAAAUUUUGGAUGUUACUUAGCUACAGUUAGGAAUGCUUUUUUCACCUUUCUUUUGCUGUCCUUUGUCUGUUUCAGAUAUGGACAUGAUUAGAGUUGUUGCAAUUUGUUUCUCAUCUAUGAUUACCUAGUUCAGUGACUCUUCCUUUCCACUGCCCAGCUUUAGAAUUUUUCCAUAUUUUGCCUUCAGUUUAUAUAAUGACUUGCCGUUCAGUAGUUAGGUGGAGCCACAUUUUUUAUUUUUUUUUUUUUUUCCCAUUUAGGACCUAAGUUUCAUAGGGCAUUUAAGCAGUGGAACUUCUCCUAUGGUGUCAGAUUAAAUAGAACAGCUAAUCCAGGGAACACUUUUAAUAGUUUAAUUCAACGGCAUUAAAGAAGCACUAUACAAAGCAUUUGUAGUCCUGAAGUUUAAUAGGUUUUCAACAUCAUCACUGAUGAGAACCGUAAUGCCUUUAUUUUAUUAUUGUGCAAGCUGCUUUGCUUAUGAAUUAGAAAUAUAUAAAAAGCUACAAAGUGUAUCAAUAUGGUCGAGAGACUUAAGAAUCUUAUAAGGUAAUUGAGGUUUACUCGAUUGAGAAGCUUUGGAAUGGUUUGCUCAAAUUAGAAUUUUACUGUAUAACUAAGUAACACAGAUUUUCUUGGCUAGGUUUUCAUAAUCCCAGUACAAUCCUGGGAGGAAUUUAAAGCAUCAAAAAUAAGGAGGCAACAGAGCCAAUGAAAGCAUGUAGGAACUUCAGGGUCAGACUUCAGAUUAAGAGAUAUGUAAUAGAGAUAUUAUUGAUGCAGUGUUACAUUUGCUAAUAGUUGUCUUGGUUUGUGUAUUAACUUUACUCCAGAUGAUAAGGGCAUAGGGUUGCUGUUGACAAUGGAGAUUUUGGUAUUAAUUUUGUCAACAUUUUGUGAAAUAUAAAAAAAAAUCUGUGAAAAAAAUUUACAGAAUUUCUUUAAAGAAAAACAACCCAUUUAUUCUCUUAACUGAAAUAUGCACUGUAAAUACUGGAUACUGAUACUAAUCAUAUUUUCAAUGCAUGAGUGUACUGUGGUAUCUUCAGUAUACCAGUGAGUAAUUGGUGUGUAUACAGCUGACAGUGUUAUUAGUGUGUGGUUCAAAUUUUGGUUUGGGACUUGUAUUUUGAUUUUUUAUGUAUUUAUUUAUUUUUUUAGAGUUCCUGGGGAGUGCACUUUAAGGACUUAUGCGGUAUCUAAUUACAAUCCGGGUUAAAGUGCUCCUUGUGAAGAUAAUAAAGUAUACUUUAAUCCAAAAGGAAUAUUGUGAAAUGCACAUUGUAUCUUUUUGUAUGACAUUAAAAUUUCCAUCAAAAUAAUGCUACAGUUAAAUUAUUAAUGAUAUUUGACAAGAUUAUUCAUAAGUUUUCUCAACUAGUUAUGCUUUAAAUUGCCAGUUCACAGACCUGACUGCAGAUCAUUAAAAUUGUUGAUAUCUUUAUCACCACUUGAUUGAAAUAAAUAUGCAACUUCUCCAUACAGUACAUAAGUAAUUUUUGAAGUUGUUUUCUCAAAAGUCUUACUCGACAUUUGUUUUGAAAGAUUAGUAAAGCAAUCAGUUGGAAAACCCUCAAGUAGUUUAGUUUUACUGUUAUGUACUUAUGGCCCAAGAUUAGCUUGACUUGACUAUAUUUCAUGGAAUGAAUGCUAAGAACACAGUUUGAUGUGUAGCAACUAUUUAAAUGAUGCCUUAUAUAGAAUUGUCUUCAGAUGUUUGCAAGUUCAGGACAUAGGCAAAAUGUUGCUUUAUUAUAAUUUUUUUUUAACUUCCAUUUCAUACCAAAUCAGUUGUAAUAGUCUUUCCUACCGUUUCCUAUGUAAAUAUAAACAAAAACAUUGACUUUCACUCUAACAGUAUGCCAAAGCAGGAAUUUUUUAAAUAUCUGAAAGGUAGUGAUUCAUGAAAACUUUAUUUUUUAUUUUUUUGGAGCUUCAGUAUUUUUUUUUUUUAGCUUGAGUAGAUUAGGUAUUUUGGGAUACAUUUUUAGAGUUUACAGAUUUUAGAAUAAAGAAUUUUUGUAAUUUACAAAUAGCAAAUGCUGUUUAAAUUGAAAUUAGGAGGUAGGUAGAGAUACAGGGACUACUGUGGUUGAAAAUAAAUUUCAGAUGAAAAGUAUCUUAAUAAUUGUGAUUUAUGGGGAAAACGAAGCAAUACACUGCAAACAUUAUUGCUGACCAAAUUGCAGGAACUUCUCUGAUGAAAUGAAUGACAUUGCCCCUGAAGACCAUAAAUAGUGUCGUACCUUUAAUUAGUGUUAUUUUUAAAUUUUUUAUUUAUUUUUUUUUAUUAUUUUUGAGGUAAGAGGUUUCAAGUCACUUCAUCUAAACAGUUUAUGCCCCAUAAUGAAAAAAAAUUAUAGAUUGAAUACAGUGUAAGUCAGCAUCAUUAUAGUAUUUAUUACUUGAAGUAGCAUCAGUUAAUUCUACUGUUAUAUGCUGUAUAAUUUAUCUGAUUAUAGUGACAGCUCCCAUUUUAGGUGUUUAAAAUUAUUCUAGCAAAUUUGCAGGUUUUUCAUUAUUAUUAUAGUACUAUAGUAUUUAAGCUAAAACGGAUGGAAAACUGAAUUAAGUUUUUAGCAUUUUGGAAACUCCAUCGGAUUGAAUUAGGACUGUAUAGUUGCUCAAAAUAUUUCUCUAGUAUUUUGCAUACCUGUAUCUUUUUCCUAACUUUGGGUGCUGUUUUGAUAAAGAGAAUUAAGGCAUAGAGGAGAAUUUGUAUUUGUAGGCUAGAAUGAAAUUUUCAACAAUUAAGCCACAAGUUGAAAUAUCUUGUUCAUCAUUUCUCAUAUUACAGUUUCCAGUCUUUUCCUUUCUGUAGACAUCAUAGAAGCUUAUUCAUGUUGAGUUUUAAACCAUUCUGCCUACAUGUUUAAACUCAGGUGUAAUACUUUAGAUAUUUGAUAUCCAUUUCUCCUAUUCUACUGCCUUUUUUAUAUUGUACUCUAAGAUUUACUAAGCAACAUCCUGCUGAGUCUGUCCAGUGAGCUUGCAACAUUAAUAAUCUAUAAGGGUUAGUGUACUGAUUUUCAUUCUAGUAGUUUCUUUUGUUAAAAAGGAAUUCCACACAAUGCACCACUUACACAGCAUGAAAGAUUAGUGUAUAGUUGCUGUCACUUGUAUUUUCUGAGGAAAACUUAAAAUUUAUUUUUCUUACGAAGUUGCAUAUGCACUGCAAUAGGCAGGUUUCUAGUUCAAGAGAAAUUGUCCAUGGCAAUUUGACAUGCCAUAGGCUGAAGCAUGCACUAAUCUUUCUGCAACCUUUUGUUGUCCCCUUUCUGGCUUGUUGCUCUGUCUCUUGUAGUGUUUCCUAUGAUUAAUAUCUAAGAUUUUCUGCAUUUAAUACAUAGGAUUGGAUUAGAUGUCUUGUUUAACCUUUUCAGAUAGAAAUAAUAUGAAAAAAUAUUAUUUUUUCUAAACGAACGAUAGAAUACACGCGUUGUUAAGAGACACAUUUUAUAAAUGUGAAAUUAAUAUUGAAAUAAACAGACACCAUGAAUGGUUUUUGCAACAUUCAGGUAUUUUUUAAUGUGAUAAUAUAUUAUUAAGAGUUCCACAUAGUGAGAUUUUGAUGUGUCACAGAUUUGAAGUAAAUACAUUAGCUUUUUUCUUGAAUGAAAAUAUGUUUAGAUAAUAAGAGGAAUAAUUAGCUUCUUUCCAGCAGCACAACCAGUAGCGGCGAGCAACAUCUGAAAUGCUUGCACGCGUCUCAUUUUUAGAUGGUCAUUAAGGGCCUUUCAUAUCACCUUAGCCCUUAUUUAUUUCACAUUUAUGGUGUUCUGCAGUAAUAGAUGAUACAGUAUGCAUAGUUAGUUGUUCAUCUUAAGAUUUUUAAAUGACCCUCGAUGCUAUUAGGAUGUGCAGUUAGAAAGUAAUUUCAAGGUAGUAGUAGUGAUUGUUUAGACUAGUUAGAGAGAUGAUAAUUAAGCAGGAAAUAUUAAAAGUACAAGAAUAAGGGAGAGAAUCCAGAGUUAAAAAAAAAAUAAAUAAAAAAUCAAGCAUAUAUAUACAUUGUGUAUAAUAAGCAAACUGAGGUUUAGACACAAGCGAUUAUUGUUAGACUAUUGAUGUUAUAGUCAUACAGAUAUUUUAUCUUUUGUACUGUGCAUUCAAGAAAUUAAGAGGUUGUCUCCCUUUCAGUACUUUGCAUCAUUGCAUUUGCAGUCUAGAUGUAUGUUGCCUUUUGUAUUUUGUGACCAAAUUACCAAAGUGGCAAUUGGUUGGACUAGUAUGAGAAAGGAAAUAUUGGUAACUUGUAAAAUUAGAUUUUUCAUGCAACAAUUUUUUCCCCCUUCACCAAUCUCCUCUCUGCCAAGUUUUCAUUUGGUUUGGCUCUCACUUUACCCUUACAUCCAGAAGAUUUUUUAAACAUCAGUGGUAUUAAUGUACAUGGCUCUCUUAGUUUUUACUGUUUUUGUAGCUUGUCUUGCACUAUAAAGUAUUCCAACAGGAAAUGACCAGAAUGUUUAAUACAUGUACUAGAUAUUGUUUCUCAAUGAAAUAUUUUUUCAGAUGUUUUGUCAGACUUAAUUUCAGGUUCAUAUAAUUAUUAAGUGGUUUAAAUUUUCCAGUAUUUAAUAUUUGGGUGUCUCCAUACCUUUCACACAUCAUGUUAAAAGUUUAAUAAACUUUCUGGUCUGGAUAAAUCCCAUUAUAAUAGCAGCAAUUUAGGCAUAGAUGUUUUUCCCCCAAUUCACUUAAUAUUUUGGACAAAAAAUGUUUUUAUUUUACCCCUUUGAGUUUGUCUCUGUUGAUUAUUUUUACUGUUGUUUAAAUUCUCUCCUGUGGUUAGAAGUGUUAAAAGAUAUUCCUAAAAAGUACAAGGUGCCCUGUGUGUCAGUUUUGCUUCAAUAGAGAUCAUUAAAUUAAUAAGAGUUGCCUAGUUUUUUCUGUAAUUUACAAGAUAUUGAAAAGGAUAAGGUUGCUAAAAUUAUAUCAUCAUGAGAAGCUACAGAAAGUUUUAGGUUACAAAUUAUUAAGGCACAUAAAAUUUGCGUUAAUGAAUACUCAAGUCCGUUACAGUAUGAGUAUAUCUAGAUAUGGAGACUGUACCUGCUUAACUAUUGUAACUCUUGUUUUUCCCCCAUGACUCCAUUUUGCACAUCCAGUGUAGUUUUCUGGUUUUUUGCUUCCUGGUUCUGGAAAAAAUAAGUCCAGCUGCAGAUUAAUUCUCCUUCCUACAUCUCAAUAAUAAUCCUUAAGGCAACAGUAUCUUCUUCCGCUCAAUGGCCUGUCACAUUUACUCAGAAUCUGUAUUUAAAAAAAAAAAAAAAAAAAAAAAAGUUUGCACUUUGUUUGGCUCACCUUUUGUGUCACAUUCAUUUAAUUGAAUGUAUACUGUUCCUGUCUUCCUAUUUGUACCUAAAUUUUUCAGUUUUAUUGUUACACCUUUACCCUGUAUAUUUUAUAUACUGAGAUUAUCUUGGGCCUCCUAGUUUUUAUCAAACUUAAUACUGUACUUAUUUCCUUUAUUUUAGUACCGUUCCUGUUCUUAGCUUUAUAUUAUACUGAUAAUCAGUAUGUUAAGUCUAUUGUGAAUUCCUGAUUUUACCUUUUACCUUCUAAAUGCUUCCUGCAGUGUUUGGUAGAUUAGAGGGCUGUGUCACCAUUUUUGAAAUCCAAUAUUGUCAGUCUCUGACGAUCUUCGAGCAUAGCAAGGUUAUUAGAGGUCUAAAAUUCUGUAUUAUGCAGCCUGUCUUAUUUCUUGAUGCUAAUCUAGUUGCAUUUUAUUGGUGACCAGAUUAUAGCUGAAAAUAGAAGAGGACAAUUUUCAAAAUAAGAUAUGAAGAUUUGAAAAAUUGUAAUAAUUUUUUGUUCUAAUAGUUUAGCACUUAUAGAACAGUGAAGUAGUAUCCCAUUAUGUUGUUUAUGGCUCCUGAGUCUUCAUUUUUCUUGCACCUCUGUCUUUGAAAAAGAAAAUCAGUUUUAGAGUAAAUAUGACAGGUAUUAAUAUUAUUAAUAUAAGGAAAUUGCUCAUUAUAAAAGUCAUAAGUUUAAAACUUUCAUAAAUGCAAUUUAGCAGCUCUAGCUUUGACCUGUCAAAUUAGAAAUAAAAAAAAGAGGGAUAAUGGCAAAUCCUAAUAGACCUUACUUAGCAGUUGCAGGAUGUUGAUUUUGGUCCUGCACAGAAAACUUAAUUUUCCAAUGCAUAACAUGAAUGUUGAUUUCAACAAUAUGGUUAAAAGAUAUUUUUCCAACUCCUGCGGGGUUUGCUUUCUUUAUAAAGGCCAAUGAACAAUUUCCAUCUUUUUAGUGCCAUGUAAAGUUGUGGGUGUUGCAGGCCACUUUUCUUGCCAAUUCUUGAAGGAAAAAUCAUUGCUGUUUAAUAUUAGUAUACAAUUUUCUUCUCUCCAACAAAUUGAAAUUUUAAUAGAUACUGAAUAAGAAACUACUUCAUUUGCAGUGGCAAUGAAUAAUAUAUGUUGCAUUCACAUUAGGAGUUACACUAGCUCUUUGUCUUUUGUACAGUAGUAAGAGUUACAGGUGGAUAGGCUGUUCUGCAAUAUUAACAUAACAAGGGAGAAUAUUUGUACAGUAUUAGCAGCUAUACAGGGACAACACAGAUUAAGUUUUAACAUAUAAUGUAUAGUAUAUAUGUAAGAAAACAUGGAGUGUGGUCAGCUGAAUACAGGAAAAAUAUUUAGAAUUGUGCUGACUGCUUGACUACACUUCACUUGUGGACAUGAUUUCAUAACACCACUGGAUGAAAUCAAUUUAGUUGAUGUGUAAUUUUGGAAAGGUAACAUUAUAUUGUUAUGAUCACUAAACAACUUGUCAUUGGGCACACAUGGCUUAAAUUCUAUAAUUUCCAUGUAGACAAAAAUGCAAAAAUAUAAAGAAGUUGAGAUCAGAUUGUUUUGCAUUCGUAGUUUUUCUAUUGUUGCCACAUUAGGGAAAUUCUGCUGAAGUCAGUGUUUAUCAUGUCAUAUCUUGAAGGUGAAUUCCUCAUAAAAGUAAUGGGUGUUCUCACCAGAGAAUGUUUGUAGUACAAAUUGGGAUAAUAUUUGCAAAUCCCUUUUCAUUCUUUGGAGCUUGACAGGGCGAAUACUUGAUACAUUUAGCUUGGAAUUUAGAUACAGUAUAAUGUUUUUGUUUUCUACCAAGACACCAAGUAUUUUGCUAUUAAUCAGAUAAAUGUUGGAACUGCUUAUCUCAUUCACAACUGCAGAAUAAGUUCUGUGAAAUUGCAGGUUCCAUAUGUUGUUUAAUUUAUCAUUGCAAUAGUAACUUUAGCAAAUAUUUUGUGAGGAAUCCACUUUUUCACUUGGCAAAUGAAGAGGUUGACACUUUGAGAAGUAAGCCAUUAAUUUUGAGGUGCUACAGUAGUGUAAACGUCAGGCAUUGUACUGAAUAUGUUGGCUUCUAUUUAAAAAAUAAAUAAAUAAAAUAAAAACAUUUUGGUUUCUUGGAUUUCAACUAUAUCUGUGGUUUAUAUUUGAUCAUGUUUGUAAACCGAGUCCUUGUUUUUUAAUUUUUUGUCAUUGCCCCCUUGUGCAAAGCUUCCUGACUAUCAGUGUAUUAGUUGCUGGAUAUGUUGAAGAAAAACUAAUGUGAAAUUAUGAACGGUAGUCCUAUCUUAACUAUGGAAGACAUUCCAGUUCAGUGGUUUUCUUUUUUUUUUUUUUUAACACAAACGUCAUGUGAUUCCUUAUAAGGAGGACAGCAACCAGUUUUAUUCCAAAUGGUUUUUGUAUCUAGGUUUAAGCUUCCACGGGUGUUUCAGCAAUCAAUAUUGCUUUUCAUGGAAUGGAAUGGUGUUGUUUGGGUUCUCAUACAGUGCUUACAUUUUUAUUUUGUCUUUUUCCCCAUGUACUUGGAAUACUGCAUCAUUAGAAUUUCACUUUUAUGGGUUUUUGCUGUAAUGUGCUAGUAAAGUUUUUACUGUAGACGCCAGAUAUUCACAGUUUUGCAAAAAUGCACUUAAAUUGUAUUUUUGACAGGAAAUGACGAGCUGUGAGCAUAAUGUAUUUUAUUUUAUACAUCUUUGCAUAAUGAAAACUACAAGCAUAUUAAACAAUAAUGCUUCCAUUCUGUGCACUAUAAAUUUAGUUACAUGAUACGUUUCAUCCUGUUCAUGAGUUUUCACUUAGGAGCUGUAACAAAUUUAUCCGGUCAGUAAUUACAUUAUCAUGGUUAUCCUUACAUUUUCUUUUCUAUAAUAGAAAACUGUUGCUUAUAAUAACAUAAAUCUUAGGUGUAAUUUACACAGUGCAAGUUGAUAAACUGGGAAGCUUGGCUUUUAAUGCUGUCCCUUUAAAGGAAUCGGACACAAUGCUUCCAACCAUUUCGUUCACAUGAAUGUAGCUAGAAUUUGGAUAGCUAUACGUAUUGUAUCUCAUUUUUUAUUUGCCAAAUUCCUCCACCUUGUUUUUUUUUUUUUUUUUUUUUUUUUUUUUUUUUUUUUACCUAAGAUGAUCAGGUUAGUUUCUGCAUGCAGAUUUGCCUAUACAGUCAGUGAUAUUUUGUAAUCAGUCUUCCUUCUGUGUUACUAAUUUUUUAUCCUUAUACAGUCUUGUUUUUGUGUCCCUUUUCCAAAAACCCCACUUUUUUUUCACUAUACAUUUUAAUCAUUUAAAGAACAGUUGCAAAUAACUUGGAGAAAUGUAGUACAGUAUCUUGUAAAUUUAAUGGCACAAUACUUGGUGUCUGAAGUUAUUUUCCUUUCACCCUCCAGUUGUGUCCUGUCUUAUGUGUAACAAUACAAUAAUUCAAGGUAUGCAAAUCAUCUCGUGCUACUUAUCUCAGGAUAGAUGUUUAAUUCUCUCUCUGUUGUUGCUCUAGGUAUCAUAUGUUUUGCUAUACUGUAUUUGAAUUCAUAUUUGUUCGACCAUCUGCAUUUGUUUCAUUGUACAGUGCAUACUUGAAUAAGCAGAUUCAAUUGAAUUACCAAUGUAGAGGAAUUUAGAAUUUUGUGAAUUUUAUCUCAAUGUGUUCAGUUCUAGUUACGUUUCUGAAGUUGGUAUAGAAUUUUAAAAAGUUGGUAAAAUAUCAAGUUGAUGAAGCUCUCAUUUGCUUGAAAUAGGCGCUGGAAUUAUUAUGAAUAACUCCAAGUUUUUGUCAAAAAAACAAAGAUUGCACAAUCAUUGGUAUUUCUACUCUUAAUAAAAGGAAAAUUUUCAGUGCAUGAAUUUUCAAAGUAUGUUAAGUACUAUAUUUUUCCAUGUCAGAAUAUCCUAUUAAGUUUUAAUAGUGAAAAGAAAUAAAAUUCCUUUAAAUCUAGUAAAUUUUUUAUAUUAUUUCUUUGGUGUACAUAUCUUUCCCUUUGAAUAGUUCAGUGCUUUGUUAUUGUCAUCUUAAUCUGUCCUAAAAAGUAAUGUGUUGGUAAGUGGCACAUCUUGAUAUAUUUUUGUACCAUUAGUGUUAAAAUUAUAAUACCGUAAUAGAAAGAAUCAAUAUGCAUUAAAUUUUGUUAUUACAUUCAAAUCACUUUAUAAAAUUAAUACCAGGACUGUUCAGUAAGCUCUGUUGUAACCAUGGUUUUAAAUGUUCAAAAGUUGGCUUCAGAUAUUACAGUCUUAAUAGUUACUGUAUCAUUUUGUUGAAAAUUUUGUUUUGAAAGUCAUGAUUCUGUUGGUUUUAUAAGUGUGCAAGGUGAUUCGGUAAAUUAUGGUACUUAUUUGACAGAGCUUAUUGGCAAGGUUGCCUGAAAUUCCAAAGUUUAUGUAUCAUAGUAAGAGAUUUUGAAGUCUUAUUUAUCACAAAGCAAAAUUUAUGAAUUUUACUUUCUAACUGUUGGCAAAAUUGUUCCUGUUUUCCAAUUUUGUGCUAACACUGAGCAGCUUUAGUAAAAAAUUAUAUUGGAAACAAGUAUAUGAAAUUUUCUUGAAUACUGCAGAUUAUGAAAGUACAAGAACUUUUCCCAGUUUAUUACUCAAAAGAUCAUUUGCUACUUACUCUCUCAGAUUAGUUAUAUAAAUGUGCUAUAAAAGAUUACAUUUUUUUUAAUUGUUGCUGUGGAACUUUAUAUCUAAAUCAUGGUAUCUAGUGGUAACUUAUUGUAAUUCACUUAUCACUUGCCAAAAGAAAUUUUCAAAUAUUUCAUAUCACUGCUGAUUCAUUGUAGUCUUACCAUUACUCAAAUGUCAAAUUAGCUAAACUCUUCAUGGUGAUAGAUGCUUUGUCUUAAUUUGCAAAUAUUAUUCUUGCCACUUUUAUCAUCAUUGCUUUUUAUUGAUGAUACCAUCUAAUGGAGUGAAAAACAAUAACCCUAUAAUAGGAAUGUAAUGCCUUGACAAGGCAACUGAAACUGUGCGGUGCAUAAUAAUUUUUAACCCUUGGUGUGGUUUUAUCUUUCAAUGAGGCUUUUAUUUACAAAAUUGAAAUUUGGUGUAAUUCAAUUCUUCAUUUAACUUUUAAAUGAAGUUUUUGCAUGGAAUAUGAAACAACUCAUGGUGUUUUCAGGUGCUUUUAUCUACUUUUGUUUAGGAUACCCUGAAUUAAGAGAGAUUACUGUAUAUUCAGUCUCCAGUUAUGACUUAGCAAGGUGUAUGGUAUUAUUUGUAAUCAAUGGAACUUUAGAUUUGUGCAGUGCAUUGAUUUCAGUUGUCUCAUCAAAGUUACACUUCUAAGUCUCAGUUGCUUUUUUUUUUUUUUUUACUUCAUCUGUGCAUCACCAAUUAAAAGCAGUAUGUAUAAAUUAGAGGUUGCAGAAAUUUCCCCAGCUGAAAACAAAGGAAUGUGUCACAUUUGGUGGGUUAUGGCUGAUUAGACAUUCAUGUAAUGAGUAGACAGUAGCCUCUUUAAGUGAUGUAAGGAUUUUAAUUUGUUUACACUUUUAGAUGGUGUGUUGUAGAAGUGGAUUUUAAACAGGCAGUUAGAGGAGAAAGACAAGGAUUCCACUUAGGCAUUCCGUAGAGAAUAUACAUAAAAGAAAAAUUAAAAAAAAAAAAAAAAAAAUGAGAGUGCAAUCCUUGUCUUAAAAGCUCCCAGAUUUGUUGCAUUUUAUUAUAUAGUAAAUGCAAUUCUGUUGCAUAUGGAUAACAGUUAACUUGUAGCUGGCUUUGUCGUAGUAGCGUAAUGGAAGCUUAGGAGCAUUCCCAAGUCCUGAGAGAUUUCGCUAGCUUCUUGGGACCUGUCACCUGAGAGAAUAUUUUUUACCCUUCCGUGAGGUGUAAUGCUUGAAUCAGGAAGAUAAUGAGUUACUCCAGAUUGCUGUACGAGUUUUGCUGCACACUGAUGAAUGUUAUUGAAAACAUGAACUCUGUGCAAUGAAGGACUGAUUCACAUUAUCUUCCUAAUUCUUAAUAUUGUCAGAUGCUGUUCAUUAGUGUUAUUUUGUGUCUCAAUCUUAUGUUCAUCAAUACAUUCUACAGUUA